UUCAUCGGUCGCAAGUGAAUUUGUUGCAAAAAGUUAAAAUGCGUUAAAAAUGCGCUGAAUCAACAGUUUGCACAGGCUGUAUAAAUAUAAAAAGUGGAUUUUACCCGGGCCCAAAGAUAUUUUUGAAGCAUGACCAAGAAGUAAGAGAAUUUUCAGCCGGCUUUCUGUUUGUUUUUGUUCUUGGACGAACUGAAGCACUCUCCAAGAAAUUUCAUGCCUCAUUGCCAAGACCAGCAGCGCGUCGAAUUGCUGAAUAUUGCACAUAGAGCCGCUUACUUUAUAGCUUACGCAAGCAAACUUAUCAGUCGGCCAGUUUAGAUGACCGGUCGCUGAGAGCCAAAGACAGUUCUUCCAGACACAAAUCACCGCAAAAUGAAGCAUUUGCUGCUGGUGCUAUUGGCGGCGGCCGCAGCAGCAGCCGGCGAUUUGCACCGCCACCGCCGCGUCGCCAUUGACGUGGACAAUAAGAAUGAGGCGACCAAGGAAAUGCACAGCAUCAUCGAUUUGCCAGAGUGCCAGGAUUUAAAGAAAUUCUGCACGCACCAAACGUCCACCGACAAUCUGUCCAUGCUGGAGUGUGCUCUCACAUUCAGUUCGAGCCAACUGGAGGCUCUGCCCGAAGUCUGUCAGCAUGCCUUGUGGAUGCAGCAGCGGCAGCUGCAGCUUCCCGCAUGGAUAGAGAACACACUCCUGCCCACAUACUGCCCCGAGGAGCGCCCUAAGCUGGAGACCUGCCUCAACUCUGUGUACAUGUGGAAGUGCCUGAACGAGCAGCGCCUGCAGCUGCCACAGAGCAACACCUGCCAUCAGCAUCUCCGGCGUGCCUACAAUGCGCUGGGCCACGACUACAGCAACGUGGACGAGUUCUAUGUGGCCUGCAGCAGCCUUGUGGAGCACCACAAAUGCGGUCGCCUCAAUGUCGAACACUUGCCCUCGCUGCUGUCCCAGCUGGGCACGGUUCAGUGCCUGCGUUCGACUGCCCAAAAGUCCAGCGUUGAGCCCACCUGCAUGUCCGCCAUGAAUGCCAUCGAACUGCAGCGUGGCAUGCUCGAGUUGUUCAGGGUCUGCGCGGAGGAUCUCUCCUCGCUCUGCUCACAGGAGCAAUCGGGCACACCGGGCGCAUACAAGUGCCUGGUGCGGCACAAGAGCCACCCAGCGAUGACGGCCAACUGCGCGUCGGAGAUCUCGCUGAGGGAUCAGCAGAUGGGCCGCGACUACCGCGUCUCGCACGGCCUGGCCAAGGCCUGCAAGGAUGACAUCAAACAGUAUCACUGUCGCCGCGGCGUGUCCGAGGAUAAGCACGUGCGCCUGGCCCAGAUUCUGCUCUGUCUGGAGUCUGUGUCCAAGAACGGCACCAAGCUGGCGCCUUCAUGUCUGACAGAGCUGACCGACCAUCGCCGCAUGCUGAUGACAGACUACCAGCUGUCGCCGGAGCUGCUGAGUGACUGUGCCGAUGACAUACCCAAGUUCUGUCCGGAGGAGCACAAGGCACAGCUGGUGAAUGGCCUCACAGGCACUGGCGGUGAGAUUAUCCACUGCCUGCUGGAGCAUGUGAAGGCCAGGCGACCGCAGCGGCGUGUCACGGCCCAGUGUCAGCGUGGAUUGGAGACUCUGAUCAAGGUCAGCGAUGCGGGCGAGGAUUGGCGGGUGGACCCAGUGCUGAGGCGUGCCUGCAAGCCCGUUGUGGAUGUGGCCUGCAAGGAUGUGGAGGGUGGCGAGGCGCGCGUCAUGUCAUGCCUCGUCGAACGCAUUGGCACACCCUCGAUGCUGCCAGAGUGCGAGCAGGCGCUGCUCAUCAUCGAGUACUUCGUGGCUCGCGACUUUAAGCUGGAUCCGCAGCUGUACAAGCACUGCCGCGACGAUGCCGUCAAGUACUGUCGGGCCAAGCGGCAGUGGGACGAUGCGCAGAAUGUCCAAAUGGACCCCGAGCGCGGUCCCAUGAUACUGCCCUGCCUGCAUCGCAUGGCCUUCAGCGAGGACGAGCACCAGACGCUGCGCAAGGACUGCUUCAAGGAGGUGAAGCGAGUGAUGCGGCAGCGUGCCAUGUCCAUGGAUCUCAUACCCGAGGUGGAGGACUAUUGCCUCAACGAUCUGUCGCUCUUCUGCGCUGAUUGCGUGGAGAAGGGCAGCGAAAUGGAGUGCCUGCAGAAGAACAUGGACCAACUGCAGCCCGAGUGCAAAACGGUUGUGGUCAAAUAUACCGAGGAGGAGGCCGCCCAUGUCGAACUCAAUCCUGUCAUAAUGAACGUCUGCGGCGAGGCCAUGCAGCAGCAUUGCUCAGCCAUACUCAAGAGUGGCAAGGAUAAUGGCGACAUGAUGGACUGCCUUAUAGCGCAUAAAAACGAUGCCGAUCUGCGCAAAGAUCUGCGCUGCCGCGCGGCCAUUGAACACUUUCAGAUCAUUUCGCUGAAGAACUUUCAUUUCACCACCAAAUUCAAGGAGGCCUGCCGUCCGUAUGUGCAGCGCUUCUGCUCCUCGAGCAUCACCAAGAACGAUGUGGUCGGCUGCCUCAGUGAGGUGAUGCGCAACGACACAAUCAAGGCGCAGCGCCAUCAAAUACCCAAGGAGUGCCGCCACCAAGUCAAGUCGCAGCUGUAUCAGCAAAGGGAAAGCAUCCAGCUGGAUCCGAAGCUGGCGAAUGCCUGCAAUCGGGAACUGGAACAAUUCUGCGGUGAUCAAAAGGGUCCCGGUCAGGUGAAUAAAAAUGCGUUGGAGUGUCUCAUCAAGAAGACUCCCAGUCUGGGCAAGGCCUGCCAUCAUGCCAUCUUUAUGAUCAAGAAAUCGGAGCUGGGAGACAGCGGCACCGACUACACUCUGCUCAAUACGUGCAAGGAGAUGAUCUACAAGUUCUGCCCCAGCACGGACUCUGCGAAGCUGCUGGACUGCCUGAAGACCUACAAGGAUGACACGCAGUUCGAUCAGCGCUGCCAUCUGGUUGUGGUCAAUCGCAUGAUUGAGCAGAACACCGAUUUCCGCUUCAAUCCAUCGCUGCAGAGCGCCUGCGGCAAGAACAUUGAUAGCUACUGCUCCAACAUUGUGGCCAGUGCGCUGCCCAACGAGGAGCUCAACGGAAAGGUGAUUCAUUGCCUGAAAGACAAGUUCCGUCAGUCGGCGCUGGACGAGCCCUGUGCCCAGGAGAUGAUCAAGAUACUGCAGGAGCAGGCGCUCAACUACAAGCUGAAUCCGUUGCUGCAGGUGUUUUGCAAGUCGGAGAUCCAGGAGCUGUGCAAAGACAACAUGGAUGCGGAUGAGCAUGGGCAGGUGGCCGAGUGCCUGAAGACGGCCUUCCUGCAGAAGCAGAUCAUCAACAGGCAGUGCCAGAUGGAGGUGGCCACGCUGAUAGCCGAGGCCAAAGCCGAUAUUCAUGUGGAUCCCAUACUGGAGACGGCGUGCACAGUGGACUUGCUGAGAUAUUGCUCCAAGGUCUCCAGCGGCAACGGACGCAAGCUGAAUUGCCUGCGCACGCUGCUGAAGGAUACGCCCAACUCCUUGGACACAGACUGCCGCGAGAAGCUGCAGCGGCGCAUCGAAAUGUUCCACAAUGCGGACGACACGCUGGCACUGCCGCCGGAGGACAUGCAACAGCUUGUGCAGCAGGUGGUCGCAUCGCCGGCGCGUAAAUUCUUCCUUGUGAUAUUGAUGAGCGCCACGGGCCUGAUCUUUCUGACGGGCAUCUUCCUGGGACGGGCCACCAAACGUGCAAUGGGCUUAAAGAAUAAAUAGACUGUAGUUUUCUGGGCAUAGUCCAUGAUAGUUAUAGGCACGCACAUGCCUGCCUGUGAGCUUAGCCCUGCUUUGUUGUUCACCAUUUUGGGUUCCCCUCAUCCAUUCGUCAUCCCUCCGCCUUCCACUUCACCCACUCCAUGCAGCCUGAAUAUUUAUAUCUAUAAGUAAUUUGUGGCUUAAUCGUUUCUAAGACAAAAAUGAAUAUGUUUUUCACAACUAGGGAUUCUUAUGUUAUAUAUAUAAAGAAAAAAUCGUAGUUUUUUGUAAUGAUUUCUC